AUGGCUACAGACUCCCGCAAGCGCCUCGCGCUCGCAAUCGUCGACUUUCUGCAGUCAUCGCUCAAGGACGGCACACUGCAGCCAGAAGACGCCGACUCCAUUGAGAUCGCGACCAACUGUAUCGCUGAGUGCUUCCACGUCGACCCCAACGACAAGACCGCCGUACAAGAUGCGCUUGGCGGCCAGAACCUCUUGAGCAUCUACGGAGUAUACGAGAAAUUGAAAGGUAAGGGCACGCCAGCAGCGGCGGCAAGCGGUGCGGCAGCAGGAGCAGUAGCGAGUACAGGUGCAAAUGUCGACCAACCCACACCCAGUGGAUCACCGACGGAGGAGAGCGAGAAGUUGAAGGGUGUUGGAAAUGCCGCCAUGCAAAAGAAGGACUACCAGUCAGCUGUGGACAACUACACCAAGGCACUUGAGAUCUGCCCCCUGAACCCCAUCUACUUGUCGAACCGAGCUGCAGCGUACAGCGCGCUGAACAAGCACGAAUUCGCAAAGAACGAUGCCGAGCUCGCGACCGCCACCGAUCCAAAGUACACCAAGGCAUGGUCUCGGUUAGGCCUGGCACGAUUUGCUCUCGGGGAUGCAAAAGGCGCCAUGGAAGCUUACCAGCAGGGCAUCGAUUCCGAGGGCAAUGGUGGAAGUGAGGCUAUGAAGAAGGGGUUCGAGACGGCAAAGAAGAAGGUCGAGGAAGAGGAGCGCGCCGGCGCAGAUGAUGAUGAAGACGACGAUGUUGCAGACAGUACCCGUGGUGCUGGUGGCGCUGGUGGUAUGCCCGAUCUUGGUGGUCUCGCAUCGAUGCUCGGCGGAGGGGGCGGUGGUGCAGGUGGUCUCGAUCUCAAUGCCCUGCUUUCGAACCCUAUGAUGCGAAGCAUGGCACAGAAUCUCAUGUCGAAUCCAGAAGCAAUGAACAAUAUCAUGUCAAACCCCCAGCUUAGAGGCAUGGCGGAGCGAUUUGGUGGAGGUGGUGGCGCUGGUGGUCAGGGAGGUGGAGGAAUGCCAAAUCUCUCGGAGUUGAUGAACGAUCCGGCUUUAAGGAAUCUGGCUCAGAACUUCAUGGGUGGUGCAGGUGCAGGGGGUGCUGGAGGCGCCGGCGGAAACGCUGGCAACGGAGGAAACCAAUAG